UACAGCAAUCAGGUGCAAGGCAGCGGACAUAUACGAGCCAAACGCAAUCGCAGGCGUGACGCAGCAUCCGUGUGACUGAUAAGAUCGGGUUGAAGUCGCAGCUGAACAAGGGAUAAGACAUCAGUACAUACCGCCGUCGCGAGCAGCAUGGCGACCUUCAUGCAGACAAUCAACGCCGGACGUGGCACGCGCUCCUCCUUCAGGCCUGCGCGCACUGCUAAGGGCACAAACAGUUGGCAGCUUAAGCAGUUCGCCGAGGCGACACUGGGAAGCGGCAGCUUGAGAAAAGUCGUGCGCUUGCCCGAGGGCGAGGACAAGGACGAAUGGCUGGCUGUCAACGUCGUCGACUUUUACAACCAGAUCAAUCUGCUGUAUGGCGCAAUCACAGAGUUCUGCAGCCCUCACUCGUGUCCCGAGAUGAAGGCGACCGAUGAAUUCGAGUACCUCUGGCACAACCCCCCAGACUUCCCUCGCCCCGUCCGUCUUCCUGCUCCCAGCUACAUCUCGAACCUCCUCUCGUGGACCUCGAACAUCCUCUCAGACGUCAACGUCUUUCCCACACAUCCAGGAGUACCCUUCCCUCCGACCUUCCAAUCCACCAUCAAGCAAAUCUUCAAGCGCCUCUACCGCAUCUACGCCCACAUCUACUGUCACCACUACGGCGUCAUCAGAGGGCUUGGCCUCGAAGCACAUCUCAAUACUGGCUUCAAGCACUAUGUCCUGUUUGUCGAGGAAUUCGCUCUUGCUGACGAGGGCGGCAGAAGAGACGCCAAGGCCGAGUGGUACGGUCCAUUGGGCGAACUGGUCGAGAGCAUGUUGCGCAGCGACUAGUCUGGCUUGCCAAGUCUCUCUCCUACAAUUGCUGCUUUUCUGCCCAGGUUAGUCGGGCACGCCGGCGUUGGUUUCUCGGAAUUGGGUCAUGGACACGGGACUAUAUGGUACGCGCUUUUUCUGUUAUCUUCACUGUUUUCACACGGCCUUCGUAACACAAGAUGGACGAGCUUCAACGGGCGACCUAAAUUGCCGAAGCCCUAUCUUAAUUUUGCAUUAUUCGUUCUUGCCCAUUUCACCUCUCACCCAUCAGAUUCAUCGUGAUCAUCAAUUUCCUAGCACCGACAGUCUCAUCAACCUCGGCCGUCCAAAGCCAUGUUCAGUUACUUGAAUCUCCAAAUGGAGUCUCGUAAGGAGGCUCAGCCUGGGGUGUCAAGCGAGCGAGGUGGCGACGUUGACCAUCUUGCCAGUC